AUGACAGAGAACAAUGAAGAUGGUUUAUCCUCGGACCUGUGUUGUAUCUACAAGGUGCCCCUAAUGAUUUGUCUUCUAAAACCUGAUGCUUACACUCCACAGGUUGUUUCCAUUAGUCCCUUCCAUCACGGUGAUCUGAGGUUGGAAGAAAUGGAGAGGCACAAACAAAUAGUGUUCAAAAGAUUUGCAAAAAGAGCUAUGACAGACUUGGACACUUUGGUCAACUACUUGGAGGAGGAGUUAGAGCCCAAGGUUCGUGCUUCUCAUUCAAAGAGCAUCCAACAUAACAAGAAGGAACUUGUGGAAUUGAUAAUAGUGGAUGCUGUGUUUAUCAUUGAGCUCUUUAGGAUGCUUUAUGAAGACGACGAUGAGGUGAAAAAUGAUGCUAAAUUGUCACAAUCAUGGUUAUUGGAAGCUAUACUUAUUGAUUUCCUUUUACUUGAGAAUCAACUUCCGUUCUUUUUUCUUGAAAAACUAUUUGAUGAUAUAGCAUUUCCACCAAAGCUUAGAGGUCACCUCCCUUCACUUCUUGAUCUUACAUAUUGCUACUUUGGCCAUCAUAACGUUCAAACAUUAAAACCUAACCCUGAUGUCAGGAUAAAACACUGCACAGAUCUUCUUAGAUUGUUUUACUUACCGAAAGAAACAAAACCAGAGAAAAGGCAACCAUUCAAAAUGGAUGGAUCUAGUAUUCUUUUAUACAGUGAAAAUGAGUUACGAGAAGCAGGGGUAAAGUUGAAGGCAAGCACAAGCAAAUGCUUACUAGACUUGAAAUUUUCAAAACCUCCUAUUCUAAAGAUUCCUAAAAUUUAUGUCGGAGAUGACACUGAAACUUCAUUUUGUGAUAUGGUAGCUUUGGAAUAG